CCACGGUCUUGCACUCUCUGCUCCUCUUCUGUCUUCCGGAAGGAGAAGCAGAGAGAGAGGUGCAGAAGAGAAGAUGUUUAGAGUUCUUGUUGCGAGCGUGGCCCUCCCUUCCCUCUCGGAAUGUGCGUUUCCUGGAUCAUGGCCGAGCGCUGAAGCAGCACCAUCUGUUCCUCCUCAGCGCUCCCCUGCAUCACUAGCAUUCCUGGGGCCGCCGGCCGCCCAAAAUCAUCCCGCCGCCGACAAGGCCGUCCUCAUCGGCAACGGCCGUGACCGCCCUCUCCACCGCGAACGGCAACCCCAAUACCAACGAUCGGCCAAUUCCAGGCCCGUACACUCGUCGGCCAGACCUGCCUGGGAGACCACGGAGUCGGAAGGUGUGCGGCAGCAGCAACAGCAGCAGCAGCGGUGGGACAUGCGGAAGCAGCGGCGUUCCAGGAGGAGACGGCCCUGGACCGCUAUCAGUAGCGGCGGGGUGGAAGCCGUCGAUGACAUCUCGCACGCUGGCGGUGGCGGAGACGGAGAGAUGACGCUUGGCGGCGACACAGCAGCAACAGCGGCGGCAGCACCUCAAACUGAAGCUCUUUCUCUGUUGGCAAGAUUAGACGGGAGCGCGCCGAGUGGGGAGGAGGAAGGGCGGCGCGGGGCGGCUGUGAUAGACGGCAGAGGUGACUCUAUUCGAGGAGGGACGUCUACCCCAGCUGGGAGAGAGGACCCCGUUCCAAAGGUCGACCGGGCUGACGUCCCGCUAGACGCAGAAGCAACAGCGGGGGCGGCGGGAACGAUAACAGAUAGAACACCGACAACUCCAGCGUCCGUAGAGGUAGAGAGUGCCUCACGGUCGGAGCCGGCCGCGGGCGGGUCGCCACAACAGGGUGAAACCCCUACCGCUACCGGGGACAAGGAGGAUGGCUUCGGGGAGCACGGCUGGUACUCGCCGGCGGGCGACGCGGGUUCUGUCGUCGGGUGGCAGGACAACACUACCGUCUUUUCGUCAGGCCAGGCUUCCUCUGCUGCUGCACCUUCUAGGACGACGGACGCGCCGCCAGAAGAACGCUCACAGUCGGCGGCUUCUUCUAGCAAGAAGGAUGGGGAAGGGAAGACAAACGGGAAGGAGAAGGGCGGGACGGACGACAACCACUGGUCGGAGAGGCGGAAGCUGGUCGAGGACUGGGAAGACUAUGACGAGGUGUGGCUUUCGAUGCGGCAGGAGGCCAAGCGGGCCGCCGAGAAGGAGCCCCUGCUGGUGUCCUUCGUGUACAGCACCAUCCUCAACCAGAAGACGCUCGAAGCCGCGGUGGCGUUCCACCUCGCAAACAAGCUUGCCGGGCCGCACAUGCUUAGCACUCAGGUGCAGGCGCUCGUGAGAGAGUACUUCGCCGACGUGGGGACUCCCUUGCGACGGACCCUCCGGCGAGACAUCAUCGCAGUGCGCGAGCGGGAUCCGGCGUGCGACUCGUACCACGACUGCCUCCUGUACUUCAAGGGGUUCCAGGCGCUGCAGACGCACCGCGUGGCGCACUGGCUCUACCAUACCGGCCGGCAUGCUCUCGCCUUCUACCUGCAGAGCCAGGUUGCGCAGGAGUUCCAGAUAGAUAUACACCCCGGCGCCAAGUUCGGGGAGGGUGUGUUCAUCGACCACGGCACAGGCAUUGUGGUGGGCGAGACUGCGGUUGUGGGCGAUGACGUGUCCAUGCUUCACCGUGUCACUCUCGGGGGUUCCGGGGUCAAGAGCGCGGAUCGACACCCUAAGAUUGGCAACGGCGUGCUGAUUGGUGCGGGGGCCUGCCUCCUCGGGAACAUCAAGGUCGGGAAAGGAACGCAGAUCGGCGCGGGGUCCUUGGUAGCGAUGGACCUGCCAGAGAGGUGCGUGGCGGUCGGAGUACCUGCCAAGGUUCUCGGGCAAGGAAAGAAACGAAAGCCCGCCCUGGCGAUGGACCAGGACUGCUUCAAAGAAGUUUGGGGGGGGAAGGACAUUUGAGGGCGUCUUGGUGGUGUGGAGGUUGUGUCGAGACGGAGGUCUCCGUUUUUGGCAUCUUGUGGCCAAGGAAUUUGCUGCUUCGUGCUACUUUGGUAGCUGACAUUGUCGUGCAAGUGAAUAUGGAAAUGGGAUAGGAAUGGAAAGCUUGCGGGUUGGUGCUAGAAGGGUAGGUCAGGGCUCCAUUUGAGAACUGCUCUGACUUGGCCUUGAAGGGGGGAGUGAUGACGGUGAUGGUUGUGAAUAUGCUGACUCCCCCAAGCGUAGCACCCGCUGAGAACAAGCGAGCUCGUGUUGUCGGGGUCUGAAAUCUCACCGCGAUUCCCUUGUGCAACCGUGACCUGGUGUCAUCGUCAGGCGGGUGACCGGGGGAGCAAGGUAACAUAUCAAACAUCGUGCCCCCAGAAAAAUGACAGUAGAUAUCGACGGGGGUGACAUUUUAUUUUUUUGUUGUCGUCACGAAUCACAGCUUUCAUGUCUCUUCCGCAGAUUAGAGGCCGGAAGAGAUAAAUGAAUCCAUAGCGUUGGGAACAUCGUGCGCUCCGAUACAUGGGUGAAUAUCGACGUGGGCGACGUUUUGAUUGAGAAGAAAACGAAUUCGCCUCUGGCACUGAUAAGAGUCCAGAAUAGAAUUGCAACGAGUUCAUCGCGUUGUAUGAUGACGACCAGCAUAAAGCUACAUCUCCCCUGUAGGUAAAUGUCUCAACGCGACGGUUCGGAGGCCAUUUCGUGCAUCUUUUUGUGUUCGGUUGCUGCGCCAUGUUGCGACUCUGAGCAGCCGAUCGAUGUCGGCGGAGGCACGGGGCGUCUAGAAUCGGGCAAUGCACUGCCGGGGGGCGUUCUUUGCUUCGAGCCUUACCGGUUGUUGGGAUGGACCAGGCAGGACGUCGAGAGUCUCUGAACAGGGGGUAUGGAGGACGUGAUUGCCUCUUUCAGGGUAUAUCUGGGUGAGCUUGGAUUGGCGGUUGUUCGUUGAACACUCGUAGGCACGGUGUUUGUGGUUCAGAGUCGACGGCCGUGGCCCGUACGGAGUUCACGACUGCCCGGGAGUACUUUGCUUCUGCUGAACUUUUCGCGUUUGUUAAGGCGGUUGCUUCAAGCUAUCGAAGUUGCUAGCAUGAGAGUUAGUAAAUAGCUCAUACGGAGCAGCAGUGGAAAGCCACCAGUCUCCCUUUUAUCUAGUAAAACUUGCUAUGUACCUAGUAGACAAGGAGGCGACAACAUUUGUGGCACGCAGUUCGCU